AUGACGACGGAUUUAGAGGCGAGUAUUCAGCAAGCAUUGCCAAGUGCACUAAAGAUGGCGCUGUAUGCGUCCAAGAAGCAGCAAUUGGAGCUACGUAAGCACACAAUUGAAGGCGUAGAAUUAUUGUGUAAUAAUGCUAAAUUCGUAAAGGAGUUGGAGGAGCAGGAACUAUUGCAGGAACUGGACGAGACGGCCAAAGAGUUUGCUGUACUGGAGACGCAGCUCGCACAUUACAGGACGCAGCUGGAGAACCUGGAGCCACUUGUAGAGAGUGGACAACUUGACCAGAAGAAGAUUGAUAUGAUGCUCAAGGAAUCGCUGGCCACGCCCAGGAUUAAUGCUACCAAGCACGACUUUUACAAGAAAUUCUGUGACAGUGCAGGGAUUGAGCUGGCGAUGGAUGGAGAUGAAGAUAUGUCGAUUCAAGAGAGUGAAAGCACGAGGAGCAUUAUUUGUCCAGUAACUCAGGGAGUAAUGGAGGAUCCAUUGAGAAAUCCGAGUUGUGGCCACACGUACUCAAAAAGAGGUAUACAGGCUCACUUACGACGUAAUAAAAAGUGUCCUGUGGCAGGUUGUCCACAGAAGCUAUCGUUCAAGGGUUUGGAACGGGACGUCGAGAUGGAAGUCAUUAUUGCACGCAGCCACCCCGCAUCAGAGCAGCAGCGGUCACAGGCUUUUGCUCCAGCGGACCAGGAUGAAAAUGAUGACGAGGAAGAAUAUCUAGUCGAGUAG